AUGAGAUUCACCACCCCCAUCCUCCUUCUAGCUCUGGGUGUGAGCGUCCAAGCUGAAUGCUACAUCGAGAGCGGCUUUGGUACUACCGGCGACAAAGACUGCUGCUGGGGUGGCGACCAAGGCGCAGACGCCUGUCUAAGGCAACGAGGCGGCAUAGCAUGCACUCAAGUUGGCAACGCAGAAUCCGGAAACUUCUGUAUCAACAUGGGUAUUCCCACUGAGAAAUGUAGCGCGGACUGCUGCGAUAUCAAGACUGGAAAUGGACAGCCUUGCCCCAAGGGAAAGAAUAGGUGUGAUAAGGACUCGGGCUGCCCAUACCGUGAUGCCAACGGAAACCUUCGCUCAUAA